AUGGAAGUGGACGAGGUUGAUGACGUGGCCAAUGCUACCACAAAUACGGCAAGCAGCUCACAAGUCCAUGAAGCGGAACCCGAUGCAGAGCCAAAGGAGCCUCCAGCACCACCUGCUAAAUCAGACGAUGGCAACGGCUCGCCGACUGCUACUGAGAGAAACGAGACGGACGCAACCCAGCAUACCCCAGAAAGUGAUGUUCUCAAGACAGAUGAGUCCAGCGUACCGGCUGCAGACGGAGGCAAGGAAAGCCUUGUCGAGGUAUCGAACGAAGAAGGGUCAAGAGAGGAGCAAAGCCCGGCUGACGAGGCAGCGGCAGACGCGAUCGCUGACGAAACGAAAGACAAGGACCAGGAACUAGAGGAAGUUGCCAGCCAACCAACACAGGAUGCAUAUAUUAUGGAAGUGGAGGUAGACGCUGCAACCGAAGCCAAUGAGGCGCCAACGGACGGCGUCUCUCUUACAGUACCAGACGCUCAAAGUGCCUCAACGGCCGACGCUGCACCAAAAGACACCCGCGUCAACGACAGGCGAUCGGCUGUGGAGAACGCCCCGAGCUUGCCAGAGGAGUCGAAAGCGGAGCAAGAUGCACACGAGAAGCAUGUUGAGCAAGUAGAGGGCAUACCGGGAGACCAUGAGCGAAGCAUCUCCGCGGGGACGGAGACAGAACAGUUGAAGGUGCUCGAAGAGUCGAUGGCAUCGGAGACUUUGUAG